AUGCAGGACUCAGCGCACUCCGCAUUCCGUCUCGCCGAAAAGCACUUCAAGAACCGCGCCCACAAGGACUCAUUCCCCUCUCUCCGUCAAUGGCAGCAGUCUCUCCUCGAUCUAUCUCGUCCUGCUGCUGAGGAACAUGACGAGCUGUGGCGAGCGGGAUGGUGGUGCCCCGAUCAUGAUGCGACGUCUCCGUCGUCAGCCAGGCGUUCCAGAAAGACGAAGGCAAAAGACAAAGGUCACAGGCCGGAACAAGCCCGAAUCGAUCUAACAUCCGUGGAACUACCCGAUGGAAAAGUCGGAUACGUUGUGGCGGACGGCUGUAUCCUUAUACCCGGUUACUUGUCCAAAGAGGAGCAAUUGGCAUAUGCUCUCGAGUCUCUGGCCGAAUACACCCUGCCUCCCAACCCGCUCUCACUAUCCACACACUACGACCUUCCUCAGCAAGGUCUAUUUGAUCUGCUUGUCAACGAUCCUGUAUCACUGAUUCUACCUAAACACAUGACUAUCGGAUCAGAGGGGGCAGUCUCGGGAUCUCCUACCAGCCAGCCCAAGAACAGGGUCUUGAAUGACACUGAACCAGCGUCAGUCAUUGGCUAUGAUGAGAUUGUAGCGCGUAACAGGGGCUGGAAAGGAGAUGCCCCAAGCGAGAAAUUGGGUUGCAAGCGGGUUGAACAACUAUACAAAGAGAUCAGAUGGGCCAACUUGGGAUGGGUGUACCAAUGGUCUACAAAAUCGUAUGACUUCUCGCGUGAGACUCCUAUCCCUUUCCCGAAGCCUUUAGCAGAUCUUUGUUCGUCUGCUGUCGCGGCCAUUCCUUGGCAGGAAGUGUUCGAUCCGGUCAAAGAUCCGCAGUCUGCCAAUUAUGGCUGGGAAUCAUGGCCGGGCGAUUAUAGACCAGAUACCGGUAUCGUCAACUUCUAUCAACUGAACGACACUCUCAUGGCGCACGUGGACAGAGCAGAACUCGAUCCUGUCAGGCCACUGGUCUCUCUCUCUCUUGGCCACGCGGCAAUCUUACUGUUGGGCUCAGACUCGCGUGAUGAUACCCCACGGCCAAUCGUCCUUCGCUCGGGAGAUAUGCUGAUCAUGAGCGGGCGUGGGAGACAGGCUUAUCAUGGUGAGACAAUGAGCGACAUGGACAAAGCUCGAGCAGCGACUGACAAGGUGCAGGUAUUCCACGCAUAUUAG